CAAUAUUCUGAUAUUCUAUCUUUCUUCAAACCAUUUUAGGGCCAAUAAAGAUGUGUCUACUGUCGCCUUUUUGGCCUUUUUCUUUGUAAAUUUUAGUUCUUCUCUAUGUCAUUUCACUUCUCAAAUUCCCCUUGCAAAAAAAAAAUAAAAAAAAAAUUCCAAAUAUGUGGAGGCCACACGAAAUGAGGCGUAUCUAUAUCUGCAAUCCCUGGUUGUUGCUCUUCCACAGAUAGAUAAAAUUUCAAAAGAAAUCCCCCAAACUCACAAAAUCCAACUCAAUUAGCCAAUCAAAUAUCUCCACCUAAGCUCCCUUUCAACUCCAGUUCCCUACCUUAUCCUCUCCCUUAAUCACCAUUUCUCCCACAACUUCUAAAAACCAUCCCUUCACUCUCCACACUCCAAACUUCUUCUUUUUUCCUUUCUCUUUGUCUACCAUUUUCUUGAAAAUAAUACAUUAAAGACAGAAAGAACUACAACAUGUCUCUCACAAUUCCUACAAACCUUUCAAAACCCAUUUCAUCAUCUAAGUUUAGCUCACAAUUUACCACAAAACCAAGAACUUCAACCAUAGUAUGCUCUUCAAACCAGACCCCUGCUUCUACUAAGACAGAUGAGAGUUCUUCCUCAUUAAAAGCAUUCUCAGCAGCACUUGCUUUGUCUUCAAUUCUUUUGUCAGCACCAGUGCUUCCAGCUUCUGCUGACAUCUCUGGGCUCACACCUUGCAAGGAGUCAAAGCAGUUUGCUAAGAGGGAGAAGCAACAGAUCAAGAAGCUUGAGAAUUCUUUGAAACUGUAUGCACCUGAUAGUGCUCCUGCACUUGCUAUUAAUGCCACUAUUGAGAAAACUAAGCGCAGAUUUGACAACUAUGCGAAACAAGGACUGUUGUGCGGAUCGGAUGGACUGCCACACCUGAUAGUGAGUGGAGACCAGAGGCACUGGGGUGAGUUCAUCACUCCUGGGAUCCUCUUCUUGUACAUUGCUGGAUGGAUUGGGUGGGUAGGAAGGAGCUACUUGAUUGCAAUAAGAGAUGAGAAGAAGCCAACAAUGAAGGAGAUCAUCAUUGAUGUUCCAUUGGCUAACAGGCUCGUCUGGAGAGGCUUCAUCUGGCCUGUUGCUGCUUACAGAGAGUUAGUGAAUGGAGAACUCAUUGACUCUAAUGUCUAAUUUGAUGUUCUCGUGUAAUUGCUCUUUCAAUUGUUUAUAUCAAUGAAAGAUUGUGAAUUUUCUA